AUGCUUUUGAGAUCACCGCAUAAUUGCUGUUUUCUCUGCUUCAUUUUGGUCCUAUACUUGGUAGCAGUUGGUUUAGCUGGUGACCCAUAUGUGUUCUAUGACUGGACAGUCUCUUACAUCACUGCGUCCCCUCUUGGGGUUAAACAACAGGUGAUUGGAGUAGAAGGACUAUUUCCUGGCCCCAUUCUGAAUGUCACCACAAAUUGGAAUGUCGUUGUCAAUGUCAAAAAUAAUCUCAAUGAACCAUUUCUUCUCACAUGGAAUGGCAUUCAACAUAGAAAAAAUUCGUGGGAAGAUGGUGUUACAGGCACAAAUUGUCCCAUUCCUGCUGGUUGGAAUUGGACAUAUCAGUUUCAGGUCAAAGAUCAGAUAGGUAGCUUCUUUUACUUCCCUUCCCUUGGCUUCCAGAGAGCUGCGGGUGGAUACGGAGGAAUCAUGGUUAACAACAGAGAUGUCAUUCCUGUACCUUUUGGAAUGCCGGAUGGAGAUAUUACCCUCUUUAUUAGCGACUGGUACAUAAAGAGUCAUAAGGAACUUAGAAAAAAUAUUGAAAGUGGGACUAGCUUUGGAACUCCUGAUGGCGUUCUGAUUAACGGAUUAGGCCCUUACAGAUUUGAUGAAAAUCUUGUGCCAGGUGGUAUUACUUAUCAGAUAAUAAAUGUUGAUCCAGGCAAAACCUAUCGCCUACGGGUACACAAUGUUGGAAUCUCGACUAGCUUGAAUUUCAGAAUCCAGAAUCAUAACUUGGUUCUUGUAGAGACUGAAGGAUCUUAUACCGUACAACAGAAAUACUCAAACAUGGAUAUCCAUGUGGGUCAGUCAUACUCAUUCUUGGUAACAAUGGACCAAAAUGCUAGUAGCGAUUAUUAUGUUGUUGCCAGUCCGCGGUUUGUCAAUUCCUCAGCCUGGUCCAAGGCUACAGGUGUUGCUAUACUGCACUACUCAAAUUCACUGGGGCCUGCUUCAGGUCCUCUUCCAGACCCUCCUAACGAAUAUGAGACGUCAUUCUCAAUGAAUCAAGCAAGAUCCAUAAGAAUGAAUGUUUCUGCUGGUGCUGCUCGCCCAAAUCCACAAGGAUCUUUUAAAUAUGGUGAAAUUACUGUGACUGAUGUAUAUGUCAUCCUCAAUAGGCCUCCAGAGCUUAUUGAUGGGAAAUGGCGUACUACUCUUAAUGGAAUUUCAUACUUAUCCCCUACAACACCACUUAAGCUUGCGCAGCAAUUUAAUAUCCCAGGGGUCUUCAAGCUUGACUUUCCAAACAGGCUGAUGAAUAGACCUGCAAAAGUUGAUACCUCUGUAAUCAAUGGAACUUUCAAAGGAUUUAUGGAAAUCAUAUUCCAAAACAAUGAUACCACUGUUCAAAGUUACCAUUUAGAUGGCUAUGCCUUUUUUGUCGUUGGGAUGGAUUACGGAGUGUGGACAGAGAACAGCAGAGGAAUUUACAACAAAUGGGAUGGUGUAGCUCGCUGCACUACGCAGGUGUUUCCUGGUGCUUGGACUGCUAUUUUAAUUUCUCUUGAUAAUGCUGGACUGUGGAACCUCCGUGCACAGAACCUUGAUUCAUGGUUUCUUGGCCAAGAAGUUUAUGUCAGUGUAGUGAAUCCCGAAAUUGACAAAACUGAAGUUCAAUUGCCCGAUAACACAAUCUAUUGUGGUGCUCUCUCAUCCUUGCAGAAGGACCAGGCUCAAAGAGUCAACUUUUCUGGUGCAUCACCUUCUGCUGAGAUGGUUAAAUCUGUUCUGAUUGCAAUUCUAAUAGCCUUAUUAGGAUCUUUUAUCAUGUAA